GAUCGAUUGCACAAAAAUGAAACGCGAACAACAACAAUCUCGUUUUCGUGUGUUUCUGUAUUGAAUUAGCAUCGGAAUUCGGCACAAACCAAAACCAUGAUGCUCUCAUCGCCGUCAACGCGGGCAGCUGCAAGGAUGGGUGUUAAGUUACUUGCAAGAGUCGUCCCUUGUCGACUCACGGAUCCGUUCAACCCGUGCUACAGUGGCACCGCUGGUUCAGCAAUCGCACCCACUCCAUUCCCGGCAACCGUUCGUGGGACGCAGGAGAAAUGGAUGAAACGGUUCGAGUUGGAAAGCAUUCCCGAGCCGGAAACGUCCAUCGUAAACAUAAUAGCACACGUGCUCGAACUAUCCGCACCAUCCGAGGUAGGAAACCAACAGGACGUUCCUCUGAACGAGGCACAGAUGGCCAAAAUUGAGGAACUUUGCGAGUGCCGGUUAGCACGCAUGCCAAUACAGUAUAUUAUCCGCGAGUGGGAUUUCCGUGAUCUCACGCUGAAGAUGAUCCCGCCCGUGUUUAUACCGCGCCCGGAAACGGAAGAAUUAGUGGAGCUGAUAUUGCAGCAGAUGGAUAAUCAGCAGGAAACGCUCUUCCUUGAGAUUGGAUGUGGUACGGGUGCGAUAAGUCUUUCGCUUCUGAAGCAUGCUCCGAAGGCCUCUGCGAUAGCCAUCGACCAGAGCCGAAUAGCCUGCGAGUUGACGCGAGAGAACGCCGAAUCUGCCAGGCUGAUGGAACGGUUGCGAAUAUUCAAGCACAAAAUGGUGGAAGAUUUGCCGCAGGAGCUACAUGGCCAGCAGUUCGAUAUGAUUGUCAGUAACCCGCCGUACGUGCCCUCGGUGUUGCUUCCUUCGCUCGAUCCGGAGGUCAAAAUUUACGAAGAUCUGCGUGCACUGGACGGUGGUAAUGAUGGGUUGACUGUGAUAAAAUCCAUACUACGGAUAGCGGGCCGAUACCUCCGCAAAGACGGUGUCCUGUGGCUGGAGGUGGACAGCACACAUCCACCGGUUAUUGAGGAGUUUCUGACGAAGCAUGGCGAACUGAUGGGACUACGAUUCAUGGCAUCGUAUAAGGAUCUGUUUCAGAAGGAUCGGUUCGUUGAGAUUGUUAAGCUAUAAGUGAACGCAUUUGUUACGGCGCGUAGCUAAAAAAGACUAUCCCAUGAGGAUAUAAAAAGUGUUAGCGAUUAGGGCAACUAUUAAGAAAUAAUACAGUUGGUUAUUAUCCAUGUAGACAACAACCGAACACGAUAAAACAUGGUGUACCUGUAGUCUAGCUCUCUC